AUGCUUGGUACAAACAUCAUUGCUUCGUCAAAUGAGUUGGUGGCUCAAACCAAUAAUGCAAACCAUCUUGUUGAAUUAUGCAGUCUUGCUGCUCUUGGCAAGAUCCAUUCAAAGGUGGCUUUGGAUAUCAUCAACUGGGAUUUCUGUCACUUUCUAGCAUUGGUCAUUGAUCGAGAUGAAACACCGAUUAGCAGAGAUAUUUUUGAUACUACGGUGGUAAAUGUUGUUGAGGCAGAGAAGUCAGCACACAGGACAUUGCAAUUUCCUAAUGAUAAGAAAUCUAUAAGGAAGUUUGCUCUUUGGAUUGGACCUGUACCAGGAUCAGCCCAAUUACCUAUGGUACUUAAGGUAAGGAGAAGCGAUUUGAAUGGCCCAGGCCUGCUUUCUGAGUCCAUCUACCAAAAAUCACUGACCAAUCAAGGAGCUCCACAGUGUCAUCAAGAUGUUAUAGUUGAAUAA